CAACCACACUCGCAUUGCAUUGCAUUCCUUCAGUUCAGUAGUGUGCUCUGACAGUGAGAUGGCGAGCGUGAAGGUUUUCGGGUCACCCACCUCGGCGGAGGUCGCCCGCGUGCUCAUGUGCCUCUUCGAGAAGGAGGUGGAGUUCCAGCUGAUCCGCGUCGACGCCUACCGCGGCACCAAGCGCAUGCCCCAGUACCUCAAGCUGCAGCCGCAAGGCGAGGCGCUCACCUUCGAGGACGAGAGCCUCACCCUCUCCGACUCCAGGGGGAUCCUCCGCCACAUCUCCCACAAGUACGCGAAGCAGGGCAACCCGUACCUGAUUGGCACGGGCGCGCUGGAGCGGGCGUCCAUCGAGCAGUGGCUGCAGACGGAGGCGCAGAGCUUCGACGCGCCCAGCGCCGAGAUGGUCUACAGCCUCGCCUUCCUGCCGCCCACCCUGCCCAAGCAGAACGACAACGGCAACGGCGGCGCGUUCAACGCCAGGGACGCCACCGUAGGCAGCAACGCCGACGCGUCCAGCGGCAAGCGCGGUGUGGCCGGGUCACAGCCGGCGGCGAGCCAGACCAAGGUGAGCGCGCAGAAGGAGGAGGAGAUGCUGAAGCUGUUCGAGCAGAGGAAGAAGGACCUGGAGAAGCUGCUGGACAUCUACGAGCAGCGCCUGGAGGAGGCCACGUUCCUGGCCGGCGACAACUUCACCAUCGCCGACCUGUCGCACCUGCCCUACGCGGACCACCUCGUCUCCGACCCGCGCUCCCGCCGCAUGUUCGAGUCCCGCAAGAACGUCAGCAGGUGGUGGCACGACGUCUCCGGCCGCGACACCUGGAAGUACGUCAAGACCCUGCAGCGCCCGCCGUCCACGUCCACCGACGCCAGCGCCAAGAACGGCCAGCUGGGCCAGCAGCAGCACCUGCCGUCGUCCACCGACGGCCACGGCGUGAAGACCCAACGGCUGGUCCAGAACGAGCGGCACUUCUAGCUGUUGCCGUCCCUUCCCGCCGACGAAUAAACUACCUGCGCCGCCGCCACCGCCGCCAUCCAUCAACAUGGUUCCUUGUGCUGUUCGUGUCGUUUUCAUACGUCAUACGUGUCUUGCUGCUUUUGAAGCUCCGUUCCCGGGUGCAGGGACCUACGAGUCCAUUCCGUCGUUUGCUGAUUCUGUUCGUCGUGUAAUAAAAUGAAAACCCCACCCCGUUUUGAAUG